GUCUGACGUGGCUUCCGUUGCUCUUGGCAACCACGGGACGCGGAGAGGAGAGCCAAAAGACAGCUGCUCGCAGACAAAAUGGUAGGAACCGAGCACGCUGAUGUUGAGGAAACACUGAAGAGGAUCGAAGCCCAUAAAGGUGUUAUUGGAACAAUAAUUGUAAAUGCAGAAGGUAUUCCCAUCAGGACAACUUUAGAUAACUCUGCCACGGUUCAGUAUGCAGGACUUCUUCGCCACCUCACAAUGAAGGCCAGGAGCACUGUCAGAGACAUUGACCCUCAAAAUGACCUCACCUUCCUUCGCAUUCGCUCCAAGAAACAUGAGAUCAUGGUUACACCAGAGAACGACUUUCUUCUGAUAGUCAUCCAGAACCCAUGUGAAUAGCUGCUGGACAUUUCCAUGAGAGUCAGCCUUUAGUUUAUCACAUGAUGGUGCUUUAUCCAUGCAAAAUAUCUUUUACCACUGUGUUAAACCACUCCAUGUCCUGUAUAACCCCUCUUUUUCAACUUUAAACUCAAGUAUUUUGCCUUAAUAAACACAAUGCAUUGUCUGUUUUACACAAUAUUUAUUUCUUUCAAUCUAUGUCUUGGUAUUGAUACUGAAUAAAAUGAUGAAAUAAAGCUGCUGGUCAUUGUACAGUA